CUGGGAAUCAGCUUAUCUGAUCUAUAAUCCUGUUACAUUGACCAAUGGCAACAGGAUACCAUGUUAGAACUUAAAAAUCCACACCAUGCUUCAACGUGGUAUGUCAACACUUGCAUAGGAAAGAUAGCACUAGAUGUUGGCUUGAAAGUCAACUCGUGUACGUAUAAAACACCUGGGUUGGAAUUUCUCAGACAGUUCUUGAACAACUUUGGUUCUCGAUAGCCGACCAUAACCGAAAAUGGCGACCUUUUCUUUCUUUUGCAAAUCGUCAGUCCUCACUACAAGUGUCGUAGCCAUGGCUAUUUUGAGUUUGUGUUCAAUAACGUUGGCCUCGCCGAUUGAUGCUCAAGAUUUCGUUGACCAGGAGCCACUAACAUUCAUAAAAUUCCAAGCCAAGGAGGCUACUGACGAUCCCAGUAGUUCUUCAACGGAAACGUCCCCAACGACGAUGUCUAGUACUACGACCGUGAUAAUCACGGCAUUCAGUCCCACGACCGACACAACAACCAUUUCCAGUACGACGACGGAGUCAACCCCGAUACCCAGUACCACAAGCACGUCCAGUACCACGGUAACGCCUAGUACCACGUCCAGUACCACAAUGACGCCCAGCACUACGACGGCGACACCAACGACGCCCAGCUCUACGACGGCGACACCAACGACGCCCAGCUCUACGACGGCGACACCAACGACGCCCAGCUCUACGACGGCGACACCAACGAUGCCCAGCUCUACGACGGAGACACCAACAACGCCCAGCACUAUGACGGCGACACCAACGACGCCCAGCUCUACGACGGCGACACCAACGACGCCCAGCUCUACGACGGCGACACCAACGACGCCCAGCUCUACGACGGACACACCAACAAUGCCCAGCUCUACGACGGCGACACCAACGACGCCCAGCUCUACGACGGACACACCAACAAUGCCCAGCUCUACGACGGCGACACCAACGACGCCCAGCUCUACGACGGCGACACCAACGACGCCCAGCUCUACGACGGACACACCAACCAUGCCCAGCUCUACGACGGCGACACCAACGACGCCCAGCUCUACGACGGCGACACCAACGACGCCCAGCUCUACGACGGCGACACCAACGACGCCCAGCUCUACGACGGCGACACCAACGACGCCCAGCUCUACGACGGCGACACCAACAACGCCCAGCUCUACGACGGCGACACCAACAACGCCCAGCACUACGACGGGGAUACCAACGACAUCUAGUACGACAACGACGCCCAGUACUGCAACCACACCCAGUACAACUACGCCCAGUAUCACGACGAGCAGUACACCGUCGCCUGCUAGUACGAGCACAAUCCCGAGUACUAGUACAUCCCUUCCGUCCUCUGCCAGUCAGCCACUUACUCUUCUACCGUCAAUCCUCGUUUCAUUUAGUUUUUGCUUAAGCCUUUUACUGUCACUUUAAAUCGAUGCUUAAAACCUUAAUGUUGAUCGAUCAAGUACAUAUCUUUGCGAUUCCGUCAUCGUCCGGCUUCAUUUUAUCUCGGUAAUAAAUGUUUUGCUUCACA